AUGAGCGCGCUGCUAACGAAGCGGGGUCGGCCGUCCGAUGGCCCCGACUCAUUGGGUCCCAGCGCAGGGCAAAAGUCACGUCAGUUGGAGCCAGACAGCGAAGACGGCAUGCUGAUCAACACACGAUGGACCCCGGAGCAGGAUGAACUCUUGCGCGAGGCCAUCGACGCAUUUGGCAGCAAGAACUGGAAGGCGAUCGCGGAUCGAGUGCCAGGGCGCAACCAUGCCCAGUGUUUGCAACGAUGGAACAAGGUGCUCAAGCCCGGCCUCAUCAAGGGUCAUUGGGCGGCCGACGAAGACGACCUUCUCAUCCAACUCGUGCAAGCAUCCACCACCGUAAGCUGGGGCGAACUCUCGAAAUUGAUCGAUGGGCGCACGGCGAAGCAGUGCCGCGAGCGGUGGAAGAACCAUUUGGAUCCGUCAAUCAACAAAGGAUCGUACUCGUCUGAAGAGGACAUGCUCCUCACGGCGGCGUACGCAGAGCUCGGAAACCGCUGGACCCAGAUCGCCGAUCGCAUGCCGGGACGCACGGAGGAUUCAGUGAAAAUGCGGUGGAAAGUGCUCCAUCCCCAUUCCAAACCCCCAACCAAGCAAGGCCGCCCGCCGCUGAUGACGCAUCAUGCCAAGUCCACUGCAUCUUCUCCUGCAUCCCCCGCGACUCGACACAGUAGCAACAAUCCUCGCCAUGUUCCCCAGCUAUCCUUUGCACCCGUACAAGCAACGCCUGGCGGCGCGUUCACAGACACCCCUCGUCAUCUCCACCAGCGGUAUCCCGAGGACGAACCACACUUUGCUCAUCAUCAUCCCGACCCGUCAGCAUUGGAUCCGGACGCGGCAGACCUCAUGUCUCGGCGCGCGUCGUCCAUGUUUGAAAGUUUCAAGGAGCGGGACAGUUCACUGCUGAGUUUUGCCAGCGUCAAGGCCGAAGACUGGGAAUUCUUCCGCGAAUUGGUCCUGAGCGACCACUUUGCCCAGGCGAUGCCCGCGGCGCCCGUGGAAAUGGUGUCCAUCUUCGAUUCCUUCAAAGACACUAGCAUGACGGAUGCCGAGUUCCGGCAGCUGGUCGGCGUGAUUGAAAACCCCGACGCGAUCAUGGACUUUAUCCACGAAACGUAUGCGUCCGUCAACGAAGAUGGCGGUUGUCCGGCGUACAUACCGUCCCAGUUGCUGUCGGAUCAGUUGGACACUCGGCUGGUGCUUGGCGACUACGAACGAUCGCCAGAGGUGCCGCGGGAGUUUUCAGAACCAACGACGUUUGGGUCGUACGGGAGGAGACAUGUCCUACACACGGAAAGCCUGCACGCGCAUGUAGAUCGCACCGCCAGUGGUUUCGAUGGCGAUGAUGACGAUCAUGAUGAUGAUGAUGACGCCUUGUUGCAACCGUUCCACGUCUACAAGCGCCGCUAG